AUGGUGAUUUGCGUCGAGUGCUCGGUUCCCGUCUCGUCGAUCUACCGACGCUUUCCGCGGGACUCGCUGAACAUUCGUCUACAGCGAUGCCGCGCGUGCGGCAAGACCGCAGACAGGUACGUCGAGUAUGAAGUCGUGCUGAUUUUAAUCGACCUGCUGCUGCACAAGCCUCAGGCCUAUCGCCACCUCGUGUUCAACCACCUGCCCUACGCCGAGCGCGGCGUCCCCACUUCUGUGCGGAAUUUUGCCAUCGUGUGCAUCCUCUUUGACACGUACACGCGGUGGUUUCUGCUCCACACGCAACUCGCCGCGUCCUACUUUCCAUCUUCAUCGCGCGUCAAAUGGCCGGAGUCCGCUGGGCGCUCGCGCACCGAACAUCCGACGGAGGGAGCGGCUGCGGAGGGGGAGCGCCAUGCUGGUGAAAUCGUCGUGAUUGAGGCCAGCACAAAGCAGACGAAGACAAAGGAAGCGCCCUUGUGGCCUCCGGCUCGCGCCAGACAAGCCGGAGACCGAGUUGUGGUAGACAGAGAUGGGACAGCUGCCUUGCUUCAAAAGGAUUGCACGCCUCCGCGCACCCUACCAGACGACGAGAGCGGGUGGCAGCCUGUCAGCCAUGGUGAAGAAAGCCUUCCCGCUCAGUCUGAGGGCCAUUUAAGCUCAUCGACGCGCGGGUCCACAUACAAGUUCUCCGCCGGUCUGUCCUCUUUGCGUUCCUCUUCGUCGUCGCCGCGUGCCGCCUUGCCUUCGCCAUCUUGGGCUGCGCAGGAGAACGCCGGCAAGGACGUUUUCGUCUCAACUGGUGACUCCGUUUCCUCAGGAGCCUCUCUCGGUCUCGAAGAUGGGGAAGCUCUUGCAGACGGACGAGAGACACCAUCCACCUCGACAGGCCGGGCGCGCCGGUCGAAUUCGCGGAAGAGGCGCUGCGCGUUCUGGUGUUCGUCGCUCUAUCUCGGCUUGGGCGUCACGACUCUGGUCGCGUUCAGUCUCUUGUCCUCGGGGCGGAACCUGGCCCGCCUCUGCGCCCUGUCGCGCACGCAGGUGACUCAGAGGAAGCUCGACUUUCUUCCUCCGUUGCCUUCGCUGCCACAUGCGUCCGCGCGCAGCGUGAAGGCCUUGCAGGCUGGCGUGGCCUCGCCCUUGCCCGGAGACACCGGCCGUGUUCUGCUCGUGGAAGAGAAGAGGCUGCCCGCGGCCGCGGCAGUCGUGCGGGCGAUGCCCGCUCUGGCGGACGCGGUCGCGGCGCCUCCCGCGUCGCCCGCUGCACGCGGUCUUCCUCGCGCUGUGGGCUCCGCACAGUCUCGCGCGGUGACGAGUCAUAUGCCUCAGGCGCGAGCGCGUCGGAAGGCGCCGCCGCAGCAGCCGCGGCGGCCGACCGCAGACGAGCACGCAGCGCUGCUGCGGUGGCUCUUGCAAGGCAGUCCCCUGGCAGCAUGGGAGCUGCAGGUGCUUAUCAUUGCUCAGGCUGUCCUCGACUUCUGCGUGUACCUGUUCGCCGCCAUCUUCUUCACCUGGCUCUUCGUCCGCACCCGCUACGGCAGGCAUCGCGAGCCCGAAGCGCGCACACAGACGAAAGCCGGCGGGAGUGGAGGGGGAGAGGGGCGAGGGGCAGCCCACGGUCAGACGCCGCGCUGGAAGGCGAGCCAAGGCGAAGGCGCUGGCGGAUGCCUCGACACACCGCAGCGGAAUUCGGUCCAGCGAGCUCUAGCCGGAACGGAAAGAGUUGCCCUCGGCGUUCUGCGCCUGUUGCUCUCGACUGGUGGAGCCGCUGUCCUCCCGACCAGAAUGACGUGGCUGCAGGCCCCGGUCGGCGCCGAAGACAGGCAGGCGUCCGCGGAGGAAUGCACGCUUGAGCGCAAUUCUUGUGAUCAUCAAGGAGACACUCCACAGAGGAGUGGCUCGAUAAGUUGGCAGACAUGCACCAGUGCCUCAUGCGCCGUAGCGUGCGGCUCGCUCGUCGGGCGGACUGCGAAAGAGAGACAGGGACGCGGCGACGCACAGGAGGCCGCCUCUCCCUUGGCGCUUCGCGGAGCGCUGCAAAGUGAGCGGAGACAGCACGAGAGGGACGAACCUGAGGAACGCCGCUGCGUCUCCUACGUGCUUGGAAGCGACGGGCACGCACAGAGGGUGGACGAAGAAGAGGAAGACCUUGGAUUGCCUCCCGCGGCGCGUUUACCUGUCGAGCCAGAUGCUUCGCAGCGAGGGAGCAGGCCAGACGAGAAAAUUCUUCCGGCGAGAGAAAACCCCCCGAUUCUCGAGGCGCGCGCGGCGCGCCUCCGCGUCACGUUUGUCUCCGAUGGAGGCAGCGGGGGGGCGGCGCCCCGGGGACCGUCGUCCGCGACCGCGCCGUCAUUGUGA